ACGCCACUGUCCGUCAAAGACGAGCCCACAGUCCAGUGGCCCACAGAAGAGGGCGCGUACUAUACGUUUAUAAUGACAGACCCGGACGCCGGAGCGCGGGCUGAGUUCAAGCACUGGCAUGUCGUUGAUAUACCGGGCAAUGAUCUCUCGGCGGGCGAAACGUUGGCUCAUUUCAUGGGAUCGGCGCCACCGGCGGCCGACGCACCGCAUCGUUACGUAUUCUUGGUAUACAAACAACCCUCGGGUCGACUCAACCACUCGGAGACGCCGUCUCCUAAAGAGGGAUUUGAUGGCCGACCGUAUUUCAAAGUCCGGGAAUUUGCUAAGAAAUAUAAUUUGGGCGAACCCUAUGCCGGGAACAUAUAUCUGGCCAAAGGGGACGCCCACUCAGCGCAGAUUAGGGCGGGGUGGGGUAUUCCCGCUUGA